UUUCACUAAAUCCUCAUAGUUAAGCUUUUAAAUAAAAGAGAGCGCUUUCGGUAUACAGUAAAAGCUGUGGUAAAACCUUGAUCUCGAGGUCCGUUAUACCUCAUUAGAUCGGACUGCGGAUAUAACGGACAAAACAUUUUUAAGUCAUAGUAAGUUAAGUCAGUAUAAAUUUAAGCGCUCGUAGAGAGAAUCCAACUCGGGUUAUUCCCCUCAAGUUGCUUUAUUCGAGGUCUAAGAUGUAUAAACAUAAAGCCACGUAGACUGAACGCACCGGUAUAGAUUUAGAGUUUUGUGUGCUUUAAAAUAAUUCAUUGUGCAAAUUAAAAAUCGUUAAAAAGUUAUAAUAAGUACGCGUACGGUUGCAAUAUGGACAAACGGAAACGAGUUAGUUUAACAAUAAAUCAAAAACUUCAAGUGAUAAAUCAGUUGGAGUCUGGAGUGUCUGUUUCUCGAAUAUGUGAGCAAUUCGGUAUACGAAAGCAAACAGUUUCGGACAUUAAAAAAAAUAAAGACAAACUAAACAAAUUUAGUUUAAUGUGCGAUGUAGAUACGAAAACGAAACCCAGAAAACGAAUGAAAUUGGCACGCGAAACUUCACUUGAAGAAGCUUUAUUUAAGUGGUACGUACAACAACGUUCUUGUGGGGCUGCCGUUCGAGCAGUCGAACUUAAAUCUGCCGCAAUUAAAUUAGCAAACCUUAUGAACAUAAUUUCAUUCAAAGCAAGUGAAGGAUGGCUUUGGCGUUUUCGCAAAAGGCAUGGAAUUAUUAAUAAGCGAAACUACGAAGGCGAGGACGAAAGCGAUGUUUUAAAUGCACCAAAAGAUGAAAUUGAACCAUUUCGGCAAAAAUUAAUACAGCAAAUUAAUAACGAAAUGUUACUGCAAUCCCAGAUUUAUAACGCCGACGAAACUGGCUUAUUAUGGCGUGCUUUGCCUGAAAACACGCAAGCUUUCAGGUAUGAAACAUUGACAACCGGAAAAAAAAUUGGCAAAGAAAGAAUAUCAGCAUUGCUUUGCGCUAACGCCGAUGGAUCACAUAAACUAACCCCUGUCAUCGUUGGAAAAUCUCGUAAACCCCGAGCUAUAAAAGACAUAAUGAACAGUCUUCCCGUUUCAUAUUAUAAUUCUCGAAAAGCAGGGUUUACAGCAAAUACAAUUUUCAAAAAUUGGUUUUUUAACGAAUUUAUACCUGCAGUUAGGAAAUUUCAAGAGAAGAAACUUGAAAUACCACCGGAUGAUGUGAAAUGUUUAUUGCUUUUACACAACUCUCUCGCCCACCCAUCUGAAAACGUUUUACGUUCAGAAGAUGACAAAUUUAUUUGCAUGUUUUUUCCCAAAAACACAACGUCAAUGAUACAGCCUAUGGACCAGGGAAUAAUUUUAGCCACUAAACGAAUUUAUCGAAGAAAAUUUUUAGACGAAGUAAUGGUAUUGGAAGACGAAGAAAACACAAGAGUACAACGCACGUUGGAAAAUUUAAAAAAUUACAACUUAAAAUCAACCAUUUUUAAUUUCGCGGCUGCAUGGAAAGAAGUCAAAGUCGAAACAAUCAAAAAUGGGUGGGCGAAUUUAUUUGAUGAUCGAGAUACAGAUAUUGAUUUAGAAGGAUUAGAAGCUCCCGAUUUUUGCACUGCUGUACUAAACAAUAUUGGAGAAGAAGUUGCCGAGGAAGAUAUGUUACAUUGGUUAGAAAUAGACGAAGGUGAUCCUGGGUAUCGAAUUAUGACCGAAAAUGAAACGGCAAAUGAAGAAAAGAUAGUCGAUAAUGAGCUUGAAAGCGAGGAUAGCGAGAAAGAUGAAACAUCGCCAAAGGUGAAAUUAUCAACCAUCAGAUCGCAUCUCGAUGAUAUAAUAACGUUUAUAGACGAUUCGUCAGAUAAAGAAAUGCAACCGUUCUAUGCACAUUUUCGUAAUUUUAGGGAGCUAAUUAUAAAAAAACAGCAAACUUCUAAAGGGUGUACAAAACUUGAUUAUUUUUAAACCAUAAGCACUUCGUCAUCUGAUACAUGUUAAUAUGUAUUGUAGAAUCCGUUUAUUACGUCCAAUCGGAUAUAACGUAUGUUUUUUUCGGUCCUUACAGUAUAACGUCUAUUUGAUAUAACGUUCGAGCAUAUCAAGAUAUCACAUGAAGUACUGUUGUUGUGGUAUACUCUGGGGCGAAAACGUAGAAGUCUUACUUUUAGUGGACAACUUUGCUGUUCACUACCAUAAAAUAAAAAUCUAUUAAUAAAAUUGAUUAAAGUGUUGGAAGAAUGAUUUUCUGUUGUCUUUGUUGGAUUCCAUUCGAAUGGUGGUGCAAGUUUGGAAUACAGUUAGUCAAG